AUGAUCGGGACUUCUGUGUCAGGGCUCGGGGCACGGGGCAGCGAAGAGCAGCAGCCGACGACCGAAUUGCUGCCCCUUCUGUGUCCGGAGGCAGCAGACAAGCACCGUUCGCUGACCGAUCGACUGCGUGAAGCACCGGAGGAUGAGCGCGCCUGGCUGGACUUGGCGACCUUCCAGGACGAGUACGUGGCGGCCAUGGAGGAGGCCUCUGGGGUGUGCCGCACGCUUGGCCGAGCAAAGGCAAUUCGUGAGAAGAAGCUGCAGGUUCUGGAGCAGGGCCUUCUCAAGACUAAGGGCUCAGUACCUCUACACUUACAGAAGAUACAGGUGCUGUUGGAAUGCGGAGAGGAGGCUCGUGCAGUGAAAGCCUGGGAGGAGCUGCUCCGAGUACACCCGGGAAACUCUCGGCUCUGGCUGGAGCACGCCCGCUUUCUUCAGUCCGAGACCACGCUGUCGGGCUUCGAGGUGGCGGCAGCCACCAGAGGCUACAUGCGGGCUCUGGCUUGCUUCCGCGACAUGCUCGAGGGGCGCAGGGCCACACGGAGGGAGCCCCUCGAGGUGGAGGAGAACAUUGUGGAGGUGUCGCGCCAGUAUGGAGUGUUUCUCUGCCAGGCUGGCCUGUGGGAGCGGGCAGUGGCCACGUUCCAGGCACUGGCCGAGCUGAGCCUGCGCUGUCCACCACAGCUGAGCGAGGCCCCCCUCAACGAGGCCCUGGCCCUUCUCGAGCCCUUCUGGGACAGCGGCGCCCCACGGUUUGGUGACCGGGGCGCCCUCGGCUGGGCCCACCUCAUGCAGCUGGGUGGCCAGGCGGCCCUGGAGGCAGCCACAGCACAGCAGGGAACGCAAGGUGAGGAAUGCCAGCAGCUAGAAGACGAGAUUGUAAGCCGGCAGCCAAGCUUGGCCGAUGCAUGGCUACGGCUGGAGAGCCUGCGUGACCUGCACCAGUGGCAGCCAUACCGUCCCGACCUCUCCUCGGAGGAGGUGACCUCGGAGGAUCCAGAGCGCAUGGUGCUCUUUGAGGACGUGGGGCCCGCUCUGUUCCGGCUGCGGCAGCCAGCCGCCAAGCUGCACCUGUUUCAGGCCUGGUUUUCGCUCCUGCUGGGCAUGGAUCCACAUAAGAGCCAGACUGGCUUCAGCCUGGCCGAAGCAGACUGUUUUGAGCGGCUGCCUGGCGUUACCCUAAGGAUGGCAACACACUUCAGUGAUGCACUGAGCUUCCCGUCAGGCUGGGAAGUACGUCAAGGCAUAGCUGACUUUGUCCACGAAGUUCUUAGCCAAGCCAAGCCACACUUUGUGGAGCCCACCCUCGGCGACGAGCUAGCACGAUUGGCACUGCGGUUGGCACGGUUGACCACUACCUGGGAUGCUCGCAAGCGCAAGAAGUGUGCCAAAGCCUGGCUGGCUGACCCGGGCCGCGAACGGAAUCUCGACUUGUGGACUGAGUAUGGCCUCUUGCUGGUCGACCUGGGCCAGCCACAGGAGACACUGGCUGUCUACGAGAAGGCACUGGACAUGGUGUCACAGCCCGGGGCAUUGGCUGGUUGCCGCGGUGAUGUGUGGCUCCUGCUGGCCACAUACUUGAACCUACGCCUGGGAGUCCUCUGGCACGAAGAAGAGGCACCGAUCGUCGAUCAGAAGUCGUUUGGGCGUGACCAAGCGCUGUUGGCACUCUCGUGGUUCGACUCCGGUCGCAAGUUUCGGGAGGUGCUUUCUAGUCGGCUGCAGCCAUCGGCACUUCUCAGGGCAGGUGCUGCCAUUGAUAACCGCUGUAAAGACCCUGCUGGCCGGACUGCCGGUGCCGUAGAUGUGGCCCUGUGGAUGAAGUUUUUUUCCUCGGGAAUCGGCGCUGUGUCUGCACUCGUAAGCGAAUGGCUUGAUGCUUGCACGAAGGAUGAGGAGGCGAGGUCCACACAGAUGGCUGUGCACACUGCGUUUGUACGCAUCUGCACCUAUGAAGUUCGCUACAGCAAUGCACGGAGGGCUGCUCUGUCCACAGCCCUGUUGCGGGCACUUGAAGAUAUUCCCAAUGCCGUCACGUUUAUGUGGCAGUGGGUGUUGUUGUCCACUGGAUCCCUGGGAGCUUUGCGUGUCCGCAGGUACUUGGACAGCCUGGUGCAGAAGGAUCGGUCGCCCCUGGCUUGGCUUGUGGCGCUCUGCUUCGAGCUGCAGAGGGCACAUGUGCUGGCCAAGUACCGCACACCCGAUGCGAGCUUCACCUUGCCCAGUUGCCGCAACCAUGUGCGGCGAGUUCUGGAGCGGGCGAUCGAACUGGUUGCCCACAGGCGCUGCCCUCUUCUCUGGAGGCUCUACAUUGAGCUAGAGCUGAGGCUUGGAACGAGGGAGUCGGCAAAGGCAAUCUUUUACAGAGCCCUUCAGUGCUGUCCAUGGGCCAAGGUCCUGUACGUGGACGGUGUGCGCCACUUCCCCGAGUGCCUGCAGGAGGUGGUCGACAUGAUGGUGGAGAAAGGAAUCCGGCUUCGUGCACCCCUCGAAGAGCUGCAGCUGCUCCUCGAACAUGCCGGUCAGCAGCCGGCAGAGGAGGAAGAGCAGCAGCCGGCAGUCUAACCCGUCAACAACUUCGUUGCCUCCGUUCUUUUUUUUUAAAUAUACUGUACAAAGUAAAGUGCGUUUUUUUUACACUGCACCAAGCCCUAGUCA